AUGCAAAUUACUUCUUUACGUUACAAUGGAGGAGUCUAUUACAGAAAUGUCACGUGGUACCCCAGCCAAUAUCAAGUCGGACAGCAGUCGUUCUGCUUCAAAGCAGUUGACUCAUCAUGGUGAGAUGAUAUUUUUUGUUAUUAGUUUCUUAGGGCGUUAUUCAUUCACCAAAAAACCUUCCGCGAGAUGAAGAUCCAUCGGAUGAGGAUUGUGUUUCAUUUGAAAAAUUUACCAUACAUCUAUUAUAAAAGUGCUAAUAAUGAGAAUAAAUUGUCGAAUUAUAAUAGGAAGUUUUUGAAACCUCAUUUGCAAAAUGGUCGAUUGCAAAUGCCCGCAAGACGGCUUAUUUGAGCGACAAAGUGACCAACAAUUGCAAGUUAUUGCUGAACACUUUUAUGAUAUAAAUCUUAUAGUUUGCAAUAUGCUCAGUUUGUCUGAUUUAUGACCUUUAACUUGCUGAUCUGUCUUUUCUUUCUUGCCUAGUUUGGGGAGUCAAUGGAGAUGCAUAACGAUUCUUGUCGGUAUAAGUAAGUAAACUCGUUAAUCCUCGGAGCUAUAUUAGGAAACGCUUAGCUACAAAGAUUGAAAGAUGAUUAACUCCAAGUGCGUUUCUUGCUUUCUCAUUGGCAAGUCCAGUGUACAAUUUGUAAAUUGUUCGUGGCGCACGCUUCAAAAUAGGAGGAAUACGUACCAUAUUUAUUCUAUGAGCGCCCGCGACGAAUAUUAAUGUCCACCUAUAUUUGCACUGUCGCGCUUAUUUGAGGACGGCGCAUAUUUCACACUUCCCGUUUGAGAAUAACACAGUCAUAAUAUCUCAGUAGGUUGCUCUCAUUUUCGCAAAUGGUAAGGGAAUUCUAUUUUUGCCCACAGGUAGUACCCCCCGCGUUAUUUUGGGAAGGCAAACGCCUCAAACUCCUCUCAGUACCAGCGGACCAGGUUAUAUCUGGAGGAGCAUACAGUUUGAUCAAGUGGUAAGAAUAAAACGAUUUAGCUUAGCAGAACAUUUCACGCUUAUACCUCUUUAUAAGGCUGUCAUCAUCCCUUGUUGUCGUUGAAAGGUAUUUUUUGUCUUCCUUUUGCCCCCAAAUUUUACUCCAAUCCCGUGUUUAUCCCGACCGUUACCUUCUUUUUCUAUUGGCUCUCCCGCUGACGCCGACCUUUCUUUUACUGUACUCAUGUUUUGUAUUCUCAGUCACUCGCUCAUCAUCGUCACCAUGUGCAUAGUGGCCUUCGUUGAAUAUAGAGUAAUACUCUCCGAGACCUUUUCUCUCGCAGGUAAUUCCGAUCUGUCUUCCUUCUUUCCUCGACAUUAUUAUGUUUCCACAACCCAUCUUUCUUCACCCAGCUGCAAACUUUAAAUGUUUAUUUUCUUAAUUUUUGGGAAGAAACUGAAGACAAUCUUUGCCAAAAUUUGAGGCAAUAUGAUCUAACGUUUCUUUUCCACACAGAUAAAGAAGCCUCGCACUUCUUCCUACAUCCGGCUCGUUCUUCUUCCCAGUGGUCACACAGUUUAUAAAGUGGACACACUCUCUCAGUUUGCCAUAAUCAACAGUGAUCUUACCACCCUGUGGUUCGCAAUGCCUUAUGCUGCAUUAAGUAUGAACGGCUCGUACGCGACCUUGAUGGAUCGUGGUGCAGUGGUUGGACAAGGUUGUUCUUAUGACGGACCACCCACACCAGGGAUAACUAACACAAGUGACUGGCAGUUUAUUACUGGUUUUUGUCCCGUUGGCUAUGCCCUUGCCUCACCAAACUUUACUACUUGUCUGGGUAAGUAA